GGGGAGAAGAUUGCCCCACAUGUUUUUAAAUUAGCCAACCUGCAAACUUUACAAAAAUAUUUACAAAAAGAGAAGAUUAAAUAUGAAACUUAUCAAGAAAUUGCUGAAAAUGAAACUGAAUUCACCCACGAAGACCAAGAACUAGAAAAAGCUUACAAGCAAAUCAGCCAAGACCAAGAAAGAAAAAAACUAACUAAACCCGCUCAAAAAGCCGCUUUAAGAGAUUUACAAAAGAGAUUAUAA